GGUUCCAUGCGGGUGCUAAUUAUUGAGCCAUUCUAUGGUGGCUCCCAUCGACAACUCGUUGACUUUUUGGAGCGGACUUGGCUUCAAAAUGGCUGGAACGUGAAGGUCUUGACGUUGCCGGCCAAAAAGUGGCAUUGGCGGGCUCGCACUUCGGCCUUAUUUUUCAGUCAGAAAAUCCCCUCGGAUGUGACGUUCGAUGUUUUAUUUUGUUCGUCCGUGUUGAACUUGGCCGAAUUAUUGGCCUUAUGCCCAUCCUUGGGGUCACGGUCGGUGCGCAAAGUCGUGUACUUUCACGAAAAUCAAUUGAUAUAUCCCGUGCGGGCGGUGAAGGAGCGAGACUUUCAAUACGGGUACAACCAGAUCCUCGCCGCUCUAGCCGCGGAUGUGGUCGUGUUCAACUCGAAAUUCAACCAAACCUCGUUUCUCGAUCACAUCCAGACCCAUCUCAAUACCCAACCGGACCAUAGAGCUGACUGGCGGACCAUCCGCCAGCAAAUUGAGAGCCAAAGUCGGGUCAUUUACUUUCCUAUUGAUUGGGAUGCGUUGCCGCAUCACAUUGGUGCCAUUGAUUUACCGACUGGACCAUUGAAGAUUGUGUGGCCGCAUCGUUGGGAGCAUGACAAAAAUCCUGACAGCUUCUUCAAAGUCCUGGCUCGAUUAAAAGCCGAGGGUCAUCAAUUUGUGGUUUCGAUAUUAGGCGAAGCCUACGCUCAAGUUCCUGAAAUCUUUGCCACCGCCCAGAUUGACCUUGGUCCUGAAUUUAUUGCCCAUUGGGGAUUUCUACCCUCACGCGAAGAUUAUUAUCACGUGUUACAACAUAGUGAUAUCGUGGUGUCAACUGCUCAUCACGAGUUUUUUGGCGUUUCGAUGCUAGAGGCCACGUACUUGGGGUGUUUGCCGCUGGUUCCCAAUCGAUUGGUUUACCCGGAACUUUAUCCUAAAGAAUGCGUUUAUAACACGGAUCAGCAACUCUUCAAGAAACUGCGGGCUUAUUGCAUCACUCCGAGACUAGUGUCAGACCAUCGCCAUCGCUUUCGGCCACAGGCCAUUUGCGACCAAUUUAAAGAUGUCCUGGACGACUUUUACGACAUCCUCAAAGAAGAUGGCAAAGGCUUGAAGAAACUUGGCCAUCAAAUGCAGACUUAACAAGAAAUAUGGAAUGGCAUUGAAAGAAGCUUAACAGCCAAUGAAAGGAAAAUUUGAAACAUGAACCACUGGAAUAUGGACGUGAGUGUUGGGGUCGAGACUUGACAUUUCGUGGAAUCGAGCCUUUGGUUUAUUGUGUUCGUCUUCCAACUUAAGACCUACAUUUGGGUGGCUACCAUUGAAUAUUUCAAUUUUUAGCUCAAUCGAAUGACUGCGCCAAAUGCUAUGCCCUUUCAAUGUCUUCUACAUAACUCGAAACAAAAUGAAUGAGCCAGUCGUCCUCUGAUAAUUGAUUGAGGAAAGGAGGGUUAGAUCAUUCAUUUUAUGCCUUGUUAUGCAUUGCUCUUUGAGAUCGCAUAUCUUUUGAUCCACCUGAAAAUUGAAAUACAAUGUCGUAGCGAUCCCCCGAUCAGUCUCUCACGCGCUUGCCUAAUGUUACUUCUCGACCCUAGCAUCCCCGUCGUUCUUAUUCCAGUGGGUCAAGGUCGAAGGGACAGGGAUUUGCGUUGAAAAUUGAGUUUAAGCUGGUGUGAUGUAACUUGUAAUCAAGUAAGUUUCUUUUGAUUUUUUUGAAUGAACGAUAAUUUGCUACAAAGUCAAGUCUCAACUCGGAUUCGCAUAAUAAAGCCAUUAGAAGAUCUUGA